CCAGUCACUUUGGCCCCGUUGGUGCGCACGGACAUCAUGGCAGAAAGCGACUUCAUUUUUUGGCUUUCGUUCGUAGCGCUGAAGGCGAUGGUCCAAUCAGCGCCUCACUCCGGGAGCGAAGUUUGCGAAGACUGGAAACUCCCUCGGAUGAGCGAAACGGAAAAAUACGUCAGCAUGGGAGAUUCCCCAUAUCUGUGGCUUUACGCCGAGGAAGCGAAUGCAACGGCAGAAUUGCAAAUAUGUUGCAAUGGAAGUGAACGGAAGUACAUAAAUAUUUCUCUCAAAGAAGCUAACCUCUAUUAUCUUGCUGCUUUUGAUACGGAGAAUAGGCUUUUCUCAAUGGGAGGAGAGACGAAGGAAACAGUACCAAGAGCAAGAGGUUUCUGGCUUAACAGCACUUCAAUAUCCUAUUUGAAAUGUUCUGAUAACAAGUACCUGCCUCAAACACCCGUCGCUUUAAAGGACAUAAAAGGAAGAAAGAGAAUAAAGAAGAAAGCAAACAAGUGGAUGAUAUCGGCCUUCGUGUUAAUGGGAAGCCUUCCUGUCCUCUUCUUUGCUCUGGGCGCCGCUUGCGGGACCCUGUGGCGCCGGAAGGGAGAGGCUCAGAGAGCCGCGGCCACGCCAAGGAGACCCAAAAAUCCACAGGAACACGAAGCGGCCCCCGUUUACGAAGAGUGGAACCCCAGUUGGAGCAAGACGGAGGAAGAACACGACAGUGAAAACAGCAGUUAUGGGGUGUAGAGUGUGGGAGUUGCGCUCUCGCACUCUCAUUUCUCGCCUUGUAUGGUGUAUAUACAUACAUGUAUACAUACUUACAUACCUGAAUGCAUACAUACAUAUAUACAUGCAUACAUUCAUACAUGCAUACAUACAUAUAUACAUGCAUACAUUCAUACAUGCAUACAUUCAU